AUGGAGGAGCAGGUGUUCAAGGGGGACCCGGACACCCCCCAUUCCAUCUCCUUCUCGGGCAGUGGAUUCCUCUCCUACUACCAGGCCGGGGCUGUGGAUGCCCUGCGAGACCUGGCCCCCCGCAUGCUGGACACGACUCAUCGCUUUGCGGGGACCUCGGCAGGGGCUGUGAUCGCAGCCCUGGUCAUCUGCGGGAUCGAGAUGGAAGAGUACCUCCGCGUGCUGAAUGUGGGCCUGGCCGAGGUGAAGAAGCACUUCCUGGGCCCCUUCUCACCGUCCUGCAGGAUGGUGCCCAUGAUGCGGCAGUUCCUGUACAGCGCGCUGCCCGAGGACGCCUACAAGGUCACCACGGGGAAGCUGCACGUGGGCCUCACCCGCUUCGAGGACGGCGAGAGCGUGGUGGUGUCCGAGUUCACGUCCAAGGAGGAGCUCAUUGAGGCCCUGUACUGCAGCUGCUUUGUCCCCGUGUACUGCGGUUUCAUCCCCCCGACGUACCGUGGCGUGAGGUACAUUGACGGUGGCUUCACCAGCAUGCAGCCCUGCUCCUUCUGGACUGACUCCAUCACCAUCUCCACCUUCAGCGGGCAGCAGGACAUCUGUCCCCGGGACUGCCCCGCCAUCUUCAAUGACUUCCGCAUGUUCAACUACUCUUUCCAGUUUUCCCUGGAGAACAUCACCCGCAUGACCCAUGCCCUGUUCCCCCCGGACCUGGUGGUCCUGCAAAACUACUAUUACCAAGGCUAUGAGGACACGGUGGCCUACCUGAGGCGGCUGAACGCUGCAUACCUCGAUUCUCCCUCCAGGCGGGUGCUCUUCCCGCGGGUGGAGGUGUACUCCCAGAUCGAGCUAGCCCUGGGCCCUAACUGCCCGGAGUACAGCCAGCUGUGUCCUCGGAGGUCCUGGGCCCGGCCAGAGGCGCCCACGCCAGUCCACAUCCAGGGGCCUGGGAGAGUCAGCCACCCCCCUGCGUCCCCACCUGUGCCCGUGGAGUCGCUUGUUCCCCCGCCCGUCGCUUCACUCAAGCCAACACCUGGGCCACCACCUGCCUCAUCACUGCCGCCUUCUCCAGAUGACUGGGCACCUGGGCACUUCACCUGCGGCUCAACACCUGGUUCCUCGCUGCCAGCUGCACCCCUGGGGCAGCCACCUGUGUCAACUCGGCAGCAGGGCAUCCCACUCAACACAUCCACAUUGUCAAGGUCUUCAGCCGUCCCUGUACCUCCAACAUCACCCCACGGCUGUCCUUCAGCCUCGCAUGCUCAGCUGCCAGUGGAGGUGCUAGGCUCAGACCAUCCCGAAGCCUUCCUCGCUUCUCCACAUCCCAGGAGCACCGCGGCUCUGACUCAGGUGAAAGAAAUGGCCAGCGAGUCCAGUGCGAAGGAGAGCCCUGCUGCAGACUCCAACUGGGUCAAGAAGGUGUUCAAAAGGAGCAAGCAGAAGACGGGCAGCGCCUGGAGAGGCUUCCCCCAGCACCCUCGAUCCCGAAGGCUCAGCGGCAAAGCACAGUGA